AAUUCCUAAAACUUGACUUCCAACAACUUAUCAUCAAAACUAUUUCAAGAUGCCUAAAUCAAAAAGAGCAACGAUAGUCCAUUUGACCAAAACUACAAAGAAAACAAAAGAAGCUAAGGGUAAAUUGAUAGACGAUCUCAAGGCAGCUACCGACGAGUUUAAAUACGCAUGGUUAUUCACAGUAGACCACGUUCGUACAACUUAUUUACAAGAAAUUCGAUCAGCUUGGAAACCUGCAAGGAUCUUCCUUGGUCGCAAUGCUGUGAUGAGACUUGCAUUAGGAUCAACGCCUGAAAAUGAACAUAUGCCCGGAACAGGUGUACUGGGAAGGUUGCUCGAAGGUGAUACCGGGCUACUGUUUACAGACGAAGAUCCCAAAGUGGUGAUUGAGUGGUUCGAUGAUUUCGUUCGCGAUGAUUAUGCUCGAAAAGGAAAUGUGGCCACUGAGACUGUUGAGCUUCCAGCAGGUCCAGUGAUGAUCAAAGAAAUCAACGACGAUCCUUCUGUAGCCCCUGGAGCGAUGGAACCUCAUCUACGUGCACUAGGUUUACCUACAACUUUACAACGCGGGGUCCCAACUCUGACCUCAUCGUAUAAAGUCUGCUCAGAGGGUGCUACCCUCAGUACUCAACAAGCUGGACUUUUGAAGACUUUGGGACAUCAGCAGGCGAAGUUUAAAGUAGUACUCCGAAACGUAUGGGUAAAAGAAAGUUCGAAAACUCUUACUGUCGAAGAAAUUCAAAAGCAGGCAUAAGCUUUUCCAAGGGAAGAAGUCAGGGUUCAACUAUUUCAUUAAUCUUACAACCUGGAAUCUCAGACAAUCCGUUUCAUUCUCAUUGUUUGACCAUCUUCCUGUGCUUUGAUCUUUUUUGUCUUCCUACAUGUAGUCCAUGCUUCUAAAAUUCAAGUAUCUAUGUGAACCC